AUGGUGGGAAGACUGGCCCUUCACGUGGUCGCAGCAUACGCUGUCUGUCUGUCUGUGUGUCUGGUUGCGUCAGUCAAGGGAGAUCACUGCCUCAUCAUCAGUGAGGUUAACGCAGACAACCCCAAACUGGACACCACUGAGUUCGUCGAGCUCUAUCACACCGGCGGUCAGAGAGCCUCACUGGACGGCUACACCCUGGUGUUCUACAAUGGAAAUGGCAAUAUAGCCUACAAAGUACUGGACCUGAAGGGCCACGUCACAGAUGACCGGGGCUUCUUCCUGGUUGGCUCGGUGGACAUGCAGCCCAAACCGGCCAUCCCCCUCCCACCCAACACUGUCCAGAACGGCCCGGACGCCAUUGCUCUCUACCACACGUCCGCCGCACGCUACGGGGAGAAGAUGAACGCCACCGCCGUGGGGCUGGUGGAUGCCAUCGUGUACGUGACACGGCGGUCUGGGGGCGCGGAGGUGCUGGCCGAGACGUUGACCCCUGGGGAGCCGGCCUUCGUAGAAGAUGAGUGGGCCCACGAGGGAGACGAGUCCAUCGAGAGGUGCCUGGUCUCUGGGGAAAGCUGGGGCUUCCAGGUGGCCCUGCCUUCACCUGGCCAACGCAACCGCUGCACACCCCCUGAUUCCAGCGCUGCCACCCCGCGUAUCAGCGAGCUGAAGCUGGGAGGGGGGCAGGUGGACGGGUUUGUGGAGCUAACUGAGUCCCAGGCUGCAGGGCCUCUGGUGCUGGUGGUGAUGGACGGGCGGACGGAAACGAUCAGUGAGAGUGUGGAUGUGUCCACCUCAAGGGAAGGCCUGAUCUCCAUCACCAUUGACAAGAACAACAUGAAAGGUCAGUGAACUGUACGUGGAGGAGCUCUUAUUACAGUCUCUUCAGAUCUGUUCAUUGGGAGGCCUUGCAGAUAUUUCUAUCUAUUUAGUCAAGGAACUGGGCCUGUAGUAUUUUUGUAUGUGUGAAAUUAUAUCUACGCAAAUGGUUCCACUUCCUGUGCAAGAAAAGGGUUGCAUUGAAGUGUUCAUUGGUGUGAAAACUGUGUUGAGUGAUUUUAUGUUCUGCUGUGUUGCGUUGUUCAUCAGGAGAUGAGUCGGGUGCGGUGGCGCUGUACAGUGGCAAGGCCUCCGACUUCCCUGUGGGCAGCCCCCUGAGCCAGACGCAACCCUUAGACGCCUUCUUGUAUGUUGGACCAGGGGACCAACCCAGUGCCAACCUCACAGAGACCCUCAUACCAGGCAGACGGCCCUACCAGCUCAGCGCCAGGUAAUCUAACCUUCUUUGAAUCUAUUUAUCCAUCUACUCAUCCAUCCCAUCUAUUCAUCUCUCUAUCUAAGGCUGAAGUACUAACCUUGCUGGUCAUUCACAGUUUUGGGGAGGGAGGCGUCUACCUCAGUCGCUGUGGUGUGGCCAGUUGGACCAGAGACCCCGGUGUAUUCUGGGAAGCGCCACAAACCCCUGGACAGCCCAACCAGUGCCCCUGGCCAAAGAUUUGCCCUCAUGUCACUGGUGAGUGUUACAUAUUUCUCUAUCACACUGACACACACAAUUACAUUGGUGAUACACAUGGGUGCUUAGGCUAGUCAGAGUCAAUUAGCUUCUAAUCAAUCACAGCCAAUGAAAUCCAAUAUUAGUCUAAUAGAAUAAUUGUAAUCAAGUUGAAAUCAAAUCAAACAACGUCUUUACAAACACAGGUAUAAGAGCAACUUAAUAUAACUAGUGACCAAAUUAUCCCAAUAGUGGUGAGUUUUGAACUGUUGCUAUUUGCUAAAUCCCCUUUUUCCAUCUUCAGUGGUCCCUGGGAGUACGAAGGUGCCCCCUCACCUCCCUCCCUGGGGCCGGGGGGACUUCCUGAUCAGCGAGGUAAAUGCAGACAACCCAGGUUCGGCCGAGGACGGCGAGUUCAUCGAGCUGUGGCACCCGUCGGGCCGCCGCAUCUCCCUGCAGGCAGUGUGGCUCCUCCUGUUCAGUGGACACAACAGCAAGCCCUACCGUGAGAUCAGCCUCACAGGACACUUCACCACCGCCCAAGGCUACUUCCUGGUGGGCAGUGAUAGGCUGGUCCCGGCCCCCUCGGUUCGCCUGCCCCCCAACACCAUCCAGAAUGGGCCGGACGCAGUGGCCCUGUACCGCAGCGCCUUCGGCCCGCCCUCGGCCUCCCAGAGAGGGAUCCCGACCCAGGGGUUGCUGGACGCGGUGGUGUACCGGCUGAGGGGCUCAGACAAGGACGCCCAGGAGCUGAGCGAUGUGUUGACCCCAGGACAGCUCCCCCUGCUGGAGGACCCGGAGGUGCAGCCCGGAGACGAGGCCUUGAGCCGCUGUAACGGCCUGCUGCCUGCCGACCUGUCUGCUUUUGUGGUGAGGAUCCCUCAAUACAUUUACGUCAUUUAG